UUAUUUAUCUCUCUUAUAUCUCUCUCACACACACAAACAUACACACAGUUGGUGUUAUCCUAAGAUGCAGUACAAGAACCUCGGCAGAUCGGGUCUGAAAGUGAGCCAGCUCUCUUAUGGAGCUUGGGUCAGUUUCGGAAACCAAUUAGAUGUCAAAGAAGCCAAAUCUCUUCUCCAAUGUUGCCGAGAUCAUGGAGUGAACUUCUUCGACAACGCCGAGGUUUACGCCAACGGCCGUGCCGAAGAGAUCAUGGGUCAAGCCAUAAGAGAGCUUGGAUGGAAACGAUCGGACCUCGUCAUUUCCACCAAGAUCUUUUGGGGUGGAGCAGGUCCAAAUGAUAAGGGUUUGUCUAGAAAACACAUAAUCGAGGGCACAAAGGCUUCUUUGAAACGUCUGGAUAUGGAUUACGUCGAUCUAAUUUAUUGCCAUCGACCUGAUUCUUCAACCCCGAUUGAAGAAACUGUGAGGGCGAUGAACUUUGUUAUAGAUCAAGGUUGGGCCUUUUAUUGGGGAACUAGUGAGUGGUCUGCACAACAGAUUACUGAGGCUUGGGGAAUUGCUGAAAGGUUGGAUCUUAUUGGUCCAAUUGUUGAACAGCCUGAAUAUAAUAUGUUAUCUAGGCACAAGGUUGAAUCUGAGUAUCUUCCUUUGUACACAAACUAUGGUAUUGGUCUUACCACAUGGAGUCCACUUGCUUCUGGAGUUCUCACUGGGAAAUACAACUCUGGAGUCCCACCUGACAGUCGGUUUGCUUUGGAAAACUACAAGAAUCUUGCUAAUCGGUCUUUGGUAGAUGAUGUGCUCAAAAAAGUGAAUGGAUUGAAACCAAUUGCUGAUGAGCUUGGAGUGCCUUUAUCUCAACUUGCCAUUGCAUGGUGUGCUGUAAAUCCAAAUGUGUCGUCUGUUAUUACUGGCGCUACAAAGGAAUAUCAGAUAAUAGAGAACAUGAAGGCAAUUGAUGUGAUCCCAUUGCUGACUCCAACUGUGUUGGAGAAAAUUGAAGCUGUAAUUCAGAGCAAACCAAAGCGAUCGGAGUCAUAUAGGUGAGUGAUCGAUGAUCAUCGCCUGCCAGGAUUCUUUCUAUACGGAUUUGGCCUAGUCUGAGUCACAAUCUUUGACUAGAAAUAUUGUUGUUGUUCUUCUUUCAUAUGCAUAUCUUAUAUUUUGUUUUGGAUGAUUUUAUUUUCAUUAUGACUAUGAUGUGGUGUUUAUGGUGAUCUAUUAUUAGUAUUCUUAUUAGCCUACUUUGUC